AUGAUUUCACUAUUUUUUCUUUUCUCCCAAAUCGACCCAACUUUUGCCGAAUCAGUCAAGUAAGUUUCUUUUUUCUUCUUCCAGCCAACAAAUGUAUAUAUGUCAUGUUCAUGUGAAAAAAACCGACUGAAACCUGAGACUCGUUUCUUUUCACUAGUGUUUUUUUUGGGAGCUGGUGUCUGACUUUUUCUCGCUUCAGUAAUUCGAGAUCAGAGAAAAAACGAAAAGUUCAAUAAUAGGGGAAAAAUAAAAAGAAAAGACAGAUGAUUUGUGAGUGAGAAAGUGUCAAUCAUCGAUGUGCAAAUAUGAAGGAUUUCGAAAAUAUUUAACAUUUUGAAAAAAAACAACGACAAAAGUGAUUUUUGUUUAAAAAAUAAACAUGAGACAUGAUUGAUCUUACGCGAAAAAGUAAAUGAAUUAGUCUCUAACUUUCACACAAAGUUCUCAGAUUUGAUUUUCAGAAAUAAACGUGUGGAAUGAUUCUAGAAUCUCCUAGAAGUUCCAACUUUCCAUAAAUCGAGUUACAUAAUUUUUCCCAAAAAAGUCCAAAAAUGUGACUUCCGGCAUUCCAUCACGUCACUUUGAAUCUUUGAACUAUCCCAAGUUUGAACUUAGCAGCGCAAGAAUACUUUUUUAGCUAGACUAAAUCAGGGAAAAUCUUUCGAAUUGAGCCUAAUCAGCAAGUUUUUUUUGCAGAAGAUCUGUGAACAAUGAACCAUACGGUGUUCAACCUCCAUCCUAUCCAUUCGAACCUCAUCCAGUAAUUCUUCCAUCUCAAAUAAUUCUAUCAAAACGUCCAGUCAUAUGCAACAAUAAUACGGAUUACGAAUGUGUCUGCACCCAACCAUUCAUCUCAAAACAUUCGCCAACACCAAAUGUCACACAACCAGAUUGCGGAACCUUUAUCAAGGUUUGUUUAUCGCUUGUUAACAGCCGGGAGCAAGAAUAACGGAGAAGAAAAAACAACAAAAACAACACAUGUCUCAUUUUUUCGUUACUUUUUGUCUAGCAACGAAAGUGCACAAGAAUGUUUUUUUAGGGAAAAGUUUGGGGAGGGAAGAAGAAUAAUGCAAAUUCGUAAUCCUUUUUUCGAAAAAUGGCGAACUCUUUUGGUUUUUAAUCCAAAACAAAAUUGAAAGUUCGAAGAAAUAGAAAUAUAGGCUGGUUUAAACAGGCACCCGUUAAUUUUUUGGUGGCUAGAAAAUAUCACAGAAUUCGUUUUGCCCGUUUGCUCGUGUUUCCAACCUCAAAUUCCCAGUUCAAUUCCCGGUGCCUGCAUUUAAGAACAAGAGAAAAAACUUCCUCGGCCCAUUCAAAAAACUCACGUUUUGUUCUUUCGUCACCCAACACAACAAAAAAAAACACAAAGGGUCCUAUUCAACGAAUUUUUCCUUUUUUGCUUCUUUUUUUUGCGAAUUUCUGCAUUUAUUGAGGAAGGAGCGACAAAAAAGAUGUGAUUUUUCUUUUAUUUCGAAAGCCCACAAAUGUGUGCGCAAAAAAGACAUGCAAAAAAUGCUGUGAUAUUUAUGUCAUCAAGUUUUAUCAGAAAUCGGAAGAACGGGAGGAAAAGGGAUUAAGAAAAUAAUCCAGGCAGAAAAAUUGGAGCGAAGAAGCAAAACAAAACACAUCAAUAAUGAUGGCUGGCAACUAUAUACAUACCAAAAGAGAAAACAAAACAAAAAAUAUUUUUUUCAGAAUAAUGAUCUGUCUGUUGUUGAUAUGCGACUUCGACAUUUCAAUCAUGAAUUCUUAACAAAUUCAGGAGUUUCUUUCGAGGUAAGAAAAAAACUUCGAGACAUACCUUCGUCUCACAAGCUUUUCUAAAUCCAUCAAUUUCCAGGUAUACCUCAAAGCACGUAUCGCCAAUAUAGUCUCGCAAUAUUGUCAAUUCAAUUUGGCUGAUUGUGAAAAUACACAAGUGAAAUUGAGUAAAGUGAGUAUGCACGAAACUAUUAGAUCAUAUCCAUCUUUUUUAUAAUUUAUGUAUUAGCUGAUUUUUCCACUUUUCCGCGCUUUUUUUUUAUUUUUGCAUGUUUCAGAUUGAAUAUGGGCCGAUUUUGAACACAAAAAAUUUCAGAACAAAUUAGAAAUUGGUGCCAGACCUCUUUUCGCAACCAAACCUCAAUCUAUUCUUUCGUUUUCCACCAAUCUCACUGAUUUGUUCGUUCGUCGUAAUUUCGCACGAAAAAGAAAAAAAACAAUCGUGUUGUGUAUAGAUGAUUUAAUUUCUCGGUUAAAAACAGCCAAAAUUUAGGAGGUGAUCAAAACUUUAACAUCAGACGAAAUCGACGAUUUGGACAAAUCAGUGUUGUAUCCGGAAAGAGAUGAAUAUGACCCACUUUUCACAAAGGUCUCUGUUUAACUUCUUCAAAAAAAAACGAAAACUUUACUAUACUAUUCGCGCACAUUUCAUUUAGUUGCCUUCGCAUUUCUUUUCGAUUAAUCAGUUUGAGCAACAACAAAAAGACAAAAGCCAAUCCUUCUAGAUAUGUUUAGUUUUAGUGUGAUAACAAUUAUUUACAGAAUAAUGUAGUUAUACUACGUUUGGAUCAUUUGAAAGGUGAUGCUACUCGAAUUUUAUUCGCUGUGAGAAGUAAAGAUUAUACCGGUGGAGUUGUGGAUGAUCAAGAAGUUGUAGAUCCAACGAAGGUAAAUCAGCCUGAUUUUCAGGGUUCGGAAAUAAAGAAAACUAGAAUUCCAACCUUUUAUAGCCAGUUUUUUGGUUACCGUUCACUGAGCCCAGAAUCCGAAUUUACAAAGCAAGGUUUCACAAGGGAAAUUCUGAUUGGUAGUUAAAACUCUACCAGAAACCUCGAAGUUCCGAAAAAAUUAUUUGGCCGGCUUUGGACAAAACUUCAAUUUAGUACACGUCAUUCUUUUGAACCAGGGCUGGGCGGAAUCGGCACGCCGAUUUGCCGAAAUCCCGAGUUUUCCUGAUUUUUCGGCAAUUUUUGAAGUCGGCACUACCUCCCGAAAAUAUUUUCGGCAGUUUUUCAAGUCGGCAUUACCGACCGAAAACUUUUUCGGCACUUGAUAGAAGCCGAAUUUCGUACCGAUUUCAAAAUGUGCCGAAAUCACAACCGAAAUGUUCUCUAGUAAAAUAAAAAAUAUGUUUUUACCUCUAUUUUCUGCAGAAUGUCUUGUUUUAGCUUCAUAUCUAUUGAGUUAUGACUAAAAUCAAACUAAAAUAUAAUUUUAUUCAUUUUUCUAUCACUUUUAUAGUUUUUAAAAUUUCUGAAUCACUGCCAAAAUGCCGAAUUUGAACAAAAUCGGGGUGCCGAAUUGCCGAAUUUUUUUUCGGCAAAAAAGUCGGCAUCCUGAAAGUCCGAGAAAAAAUUUCGGCACAAGAAGUCGGCAUCCCGACCAGCCGAAAAAAUUUUCGGCACUGAAAGUCGGCGUUGCGAAAUGCCGACAAGUAAAUUCCGCACAGCCCUGUUUUGAACCAAAAACCCUUCUUCGUGGAGCCGAAAAUUAAUUUUUCUAGGUAAAACUGAUACUUGGAACAAGUGCUCCAUCAUUGUCUCGAUCAUUAGGCGGAGUAAAAUUGGAUAGUAUUCGACUAGCGAAAAUGAAGAGAAAUGAGGAUUUUGUUCAGUUGAGCUACGCGAGUCCACAACAACGAUUAGAGAACGGAAAAGAUAAUUCGAAACUGAUAACUGGUUUGAUUAUUGUUUGCGGUUUCUUUUUAACAACAUACUGUAUUGCGUGUAUUCAAUGUCUUCGAUAUUUUUACAAAAAACGGCAAAAUGAGCAACAAGCAAAGCAUGCAGAAUCUGGUUUGGCUGCAACUGCAGAAUGUAGAAAUUAUGGAACAUGUGAGAAUAAACGAAAACCUUCAAGAAAUGGUCAUGUUCAUGUUGAAGAACGAAUUCCUCUUACUUAUGAAGCUAUUGAUGAAAAUGCUAAUCAAGAACCACAACCAUUAACACAACGACAAAUGAGAAAUUGGUUUGCAUGUGAUUCAUCGCAAUUACCAAGGGAGCCAACAAUUGAUCAAUCACUUUAUCAAGAACCAGAACAUAAACAAGAGAAAGAAGAGUCACCGGUAAAUAAGGAAACCGCGGAAUUUUAUUAUUAAUUUAUCAAUAAUUUUCAGAUCUUGACGAAACGUGAACCAGUGGCGGCUCCUACACAUCAAUCAUCUGAUAUAAUGUUCCCACCAUCAAAAGACUUCAGUGAUUACGUCGAAGAUCGUUUCAAUAAAAGUCGAACAUCUUCAAGUAGUCCUGAUCAAAUUGUUCCAAAAUCACCACAAGAAGAUCCGUGGGAUGAGAUGGGACCAUUGAAAAAUGGACCACCUGUGGUUUUAUUACAAUCCGAAACACCUGAUAUUCCAAUGGUCGCACAGGCAAUUUUAGAAGAAUCAGAAUUUAUUCCAAAGAAAUCACGUUUGAGUAGCGAUAGUCCAACAUUUGCAAGACCUCGAUCAAGGCGAGGAAGUCGAAUUGAUGAAGAAGAAGGAACAUUAGAUAUUCCAGAUCUCAAACCAUUAAAGUAAGUUGUUUUAACUUUCCUAUCUUCAUAAACAUAAUUUAUUUCAGCUCCGAAGAUCCACUAGAAGAUCCUUUGGAAGUUCCAGUUCCACCAGAACUUAUUAAUAAAUUAGUAGAUGAUGAAGAUAGAUGGUCAAGUAGUGAAGAAGGAGAUGUAGAUGUAUAUUAUAAAAUGAGUGAUGAAGAAGAUGUAACACGGGAAGAUUUAGAUUGGAAAAAAUCAAAAACUAAAUCACAAUUAGAACAAGAAGCAACUAAACAGGGAGCACCUUUGCCAGGUGGAACAUCAUUUGAUAAAAAACAAAAAUCCGAAACACCGCCAUCUUCGCCAAUUCAAACAAAAAAUAUAAUCGACACCGAUUCGGAAGGUAAAUAUUUUUUUUUCAUUUUAUAAAUACCACCUAUAUUUUCUUCUUUUAUCACCCUGUUAUUUCCUAACACCAUUUUGUGAAUAGUCUAGUCCUAAUUCAAAUUCAGAUGAAGAUAUAAUGGAAGAACAUAACAAACAAGAUACAAACGAGCCGGAUGAUGCAUUUUUGUAUGAGAGAUUAAGGGAAGAAUUAUCACCUCAUCCACCAAUUGUUGUCGAUUUGGAUACAAUGGAUUUAGAUUUGGAACCAAUGAAGGUACUUACUUCUAACAAAGGAGAAGUGCGUAGGGUCACCAAAUGAACUUAUGAUUAAACAUAGAAAUAAAUAUUAAAUCGAAAACGCUGAUCAAGAUUCCGAUUCGAGAUCAUGAUCCACGUGGAUGAUUUAGUAUACUCCCAUAUGUUUUAUCAAAAAUUUAUCUGGUAACUUUAUGCACUUUUUUGUAACUGUUCAUAUAAUACUUUAGCAUCUACUAAACAUAAAAUUGAACACCUAUAUUCUUAUAAAAAAAUAAAUUCAAAAACUAUUUUUGUAGGCAAUGCCACCACCACCACCACAACACAACGGACCAACAUUCCUGCCUGACUCCCCACCCGAAUCAGGAUCUGACAACAAUUAUCUCCAAAAUUCUCAUAAUUCUUCAGAUGAUGAGGAUUCUCUUCGAUAA